CCUUGUGUAAUUCCCCACCUGUUUGAGAGACCAGAGCGAUGGGUUUGGCGGCGCCUCCCAUCACGAGGAAGGAGUUCCGGGUUCUUUCCAGACGAGGGCUGAUCGUUACUGUUGCGUUAUUACGCACUGAAACACGACUGGAAGAUGUCUCUCUUGCUAGACAACCAAUUCAAAGAGCUACCACCUGAUAACUCAGUGGACACAAAGUUGUUUUUAGACACUGUCUCGCAUCUCCCCGCUUUUAUCGACUGUCUGGGUUCAAAAGUUUUUUCACUCAUCAAGUCCGAUAUUAUUGGCAAUAUCACGAAAAUUCGAGGAGUUUAUGAGAAGAAUCCGCAGAGAUAUGUCACUUUGCAGCAUAUCCUGGAGGCAGAAAGAGAGGACCAUGCAUCUGAAUGGCCUAAAGUUGGUGCAACACUUGCUUUGAUGUGGUUGAAAAGGGGGCUCCGUUUUAUUCAAAUCUUGCUUCAGAGUUUGGCAGAUGGUGAAAAAGAUGAGAAUAACCCUAACCUUAUUCGAGUCAGUAUUACCAAGGCUUAUGAAGGGGCACUGAAGAGAUAUCACGGCUGGUUUGUGCAAAAGAUUUUUAAGGCAGCCCUGAUUGCAGCUCCUUACAGGUCAGACUUUAUUAAAGCUCUCUCCAAAGGAGAGGACGUAAAAGAGGAAGAAUGCCUGGAAAAUGUGCGUCAUUUCCUGGUGAACUUCACAGCCACUGUAGAUGCCAUUUAUGACAUGUACACAAAUCUAAAUGCAGAGCUUGACUACAGUGUUUGAUGCUUCAUAACACGGACGUUUGUACAUAUAGUUUUACAAUAUUACUUAAAAUACUGUGGUAUUUAUUAAUUGACGUGUGCCUUAUAAAAUCAUAUGCUGUAUUGUUCAAAAGAAUAUUAUGCACUCUUCACAUAAAAAAACCCCAAAACCCUCUAAUAUAUUUCAUGAGCCUGUUCAGGUUUAAUUGCAUGUUUUUAACUGAAACAACAGACUGAAAGGAUCUUGGUAUUCUAUUAUGUUAUUAUGUUGGCUUUACAUAAAAAAAAUAAAAAACAAAGAUUCACAUGCAUAGUUCAUCUGUUUUUCAUGGCACUGGCAGUUGGGUUCUGGUUUUGUUUUUUUGUUUGUUUUUUUUCUUCUUGUUUUUAUUUUCACAUUGUUUCAAAUUCAAUCUUGAAGUGUGUGUAAUCUUCUGUUAUUUAUUAAAUAUUUACUAAAUAUAAA